AUCACCAGCUGCGGAGCGGUUGGGCGGGCGGCAGUGCCACUUUGCCACUUUGUGCACUGACUAUUCAGCAUGGGGUUGCUCAGUGAGCUGCUGGUGUUUUCCCUGUUCCUCUGCUGCGGGGAGUCCUUCAUGUUCUUUCUUUGGGAGAAAGCCAAGGAGCCCCUGGAGAAGGCGCCGUGCGGGGUGCCGCGCGGGAAGCACACCCGGGUUCGGCUCAACUGCCCAGCACAUGCUCAGGGCUGGCUGGGAUACAAAUGUCUCUGGCUCCUUUUUGUUUUUGUUCUGUAUGUGACACUGAAGUUUUGGGUGCAUAGUAAGAAUAAGACUAAGGAGCAGAAUCCUCUUGGCCUUCAAGGCUAUCCAUUUCGCUCCCUAUGUAAGAAAAAUCAACAUGCCUCCCCAAGCCAAGACUGUGCAUUUACUACCUCAACCCAUCCUGAGAUGGACCUUAUGAAGUUGGUAGCCAAAGUACGGAAUCUUAAAGCUGCCAUGACACCCCGCAGUAACCUCAGACUGAAUAACCCGGACUUCCCCAUGGACCCACAGAAUUGCGUUGUGCUAUAUGACGUAUGGGGAGAAAAUGCUGAAUGAAUGGAUCUGCGUGUCAAAGUAGGAGGGAAAAGGGUUGAGCAUUGGCAGACAAUAUCCACACUAAUAAAACUAU